ACCCAAACUGCUCCAGGGACUAUGGCUCUAAACCGCACAAUGUCGAAGUCUGUAAUCCGAUUGUGUUCGAUUACAAUAAAUGCGCCUUAAAAGAUGUAGGACUUCUUAAAGCCGAUGGUUCUUUCGACGACGCGGCCUUCAAGAAAACAACGUUGCAGAACAAGUGCAGCUCGGACAUCAAGUUCUCAACCGCGUACCAGCCUUGCAGGGACUCUACCAUGAAAUACUUGAACUUUGCUCGGUUCCUCGCAUGCCUUAUGAGAAAAGUAACACCUUGAGGAAGCUGAAAGAGAAUUAAAUCACCCGGAACACGGAAAAUAGAACUCACUGGAGCACGGCGGACCGAACUCACCCGGAACACGGCGGACUGAACUCAUACGGAACAAGACAAACAGAAAUCACCCUGAACACUGCGGAUUGUACUCAUACGGAACACGACAAACAGAGUUCACCCGGAACACGACUGAUAUCAGCAUUAAUAUAAGGAUGAAUAUCAAAAUAAAAUUUGACUAUAUUAUCCACGGGUUCAUAAUGCAAGGAAGUGUUUUGAGAAAUAAUCUAUAAUGAUGGGACCGGAAUA